CACGCCAAUGUGUUUUACAAGCUCCAGAUGAGUGCAAUCUAUCACUAAACACACGAGCACCUGCACAGAGUCAAUUGACCAAACCAGGGAAACGUUUUUCGGUGAGAUUGUAUUGCAUCAGGUCAGACUACUCCGCGCUACUUUCUCAAGAAAACGUGCGCACACACAAUGAAGCAAGCAUCUAACUGAUAUACAAAGCAAAGCACAGAAAAGUGGUAUCGUGCAAUAAUAGACAGAUGGAAAAAGUCCAGACGCAAACUAGCAGUGAACCACUGCAGCGCUGUAUCCCUGAUGCGUGCCGCGGAACAGGCAUAGAGUAUUAACUUUAUGUUCGCAGGCUGGGGCUCUGUGCUAGGAAACAUGAGAAGGGUGACAUAUUCAGCUUCUGGGGCUGAGAAUCGGAGGCCACUGAAUAAAGCAGAGAGGCGACUGCGGUUCGUGUGGUUUUAGCUCAGGAACUUAGAACGGGAACAUGUGAGCAGGGAAUGGACAACUGGAAGCAGGAUUACAAACUACACCGAGAAGCAGGCGGGCUGCCGUACAGGAGACUCACCGGGACACGGGUGCAGCAGCAGCUUCAAUAAGAAGUCAAGUGCAACACUUUCGAGAAGACAGACAGACUUUUACGCAGCAGAUCAUACGGAGGAAUACCGAACCAAAGAUGAAUACUAUUGUGUUUAACAAAUUGAGUAACCAGGUCCUCUUCGAUGAGAAGGCGAAGGAGGCCGAGAGGAGCAGUAGAAAUUAUUUAGAGGUAAUAGAUGGACAGCAUCCGGACCUUCAUCCAGACCUGCUAUCAAGCAAUCAUCAAGUUAUCAAAGACAACAACGGCAUCAGACACAGGAGGCCUACAGUCUGCAACCUUGACAACUACGUUAUGAAAACAAAAUCUGAAAAGGGCCGUCAGAACGGUGGGAAGGUGCGACACAAGCGCCAGGCUCUACAGGACAUGGCUAGGCCUCUGAAGCAGUGGCUCUACAAACACAGGGACAACCCAUACCCCACUAAGACAGAGAAAAUCCUGCUAGCCCUCAGCUCUCAAAUGACCUUGGUCCAGGUGUCUAACUGGUUUGCCAACGCAAGGCGGCGGUUGAAGAACACAGUGAGACAGCCAGAUCUGAGCUGGGCACUGCGCAUCAAACUCUACAACAAAUACGUCCAGGGCAACGCAGAGAGACUGAGUGUCAGCAGCGAUGACACCUGCUCAGAAGACGGGGACAACACUCAGCGGAUGCAGACGAGCGGCGGCGAGUUCAGCAAGCCCAUGUACCAGAGCGUCAUCAAGAAAGAGGGUGCCACCAUGAUGGGGACGGGGCUCCGAGCCGCUGACGCCGCCUCAUUGGCCGAGGACUACGUGACUCCGCCUCCUAAGUACAAGAGCAGCUUGCUUCACCGGUACCUUAACGACUCACUGAGACACGUGAUGGUGGCCAACGGCGUCAUGGACGCCAGGAAGAGGAACCACUCGGGAUCCUUCAGCUCCAACGAGUAUGACGACGAUCUCCUCUCCCCGUCGUCCUCAGAAACCGAGGCAAACUUUGUUUAUCGAGCUGAAACCAUGGACCAUGGAUCAAGUAAAUGUGACAAUGGGGGUGUUCAGAAGGAGAAGGUGCGGGGCAAAGACGAGACGUACUGGAAGGAGAUCAACGCAGCCAUGGCCUUGACUAACCUGGCGCAGGGAAAGGACAGCGGCGGAUCAGGGACGACCAGCUGCAUCAUCCAGAAGUCCUCUCAUAUAUCAGAAGUAAAGACUGUCAAAGUGCCUCUGGUGCAGAAGUACUAGCGCCUAUCACGGAGUCGUGUGUCUCCAACUCAUCUUCCCUUCUGCUCUCUAUGCAACACCAACCUUCCCUCUGAAAAUUCACUCGGAAGAGACAGUCAAAAACAAGAAACAAGUACUCUCUUUUUUCUGUCUGUAAAAAUGCAGCAGAACUGAAGACAUCCUAUUUCGUGUGUGGGUUGUGUUUUGACCUGCAUCACAUGCAUUAGACAGGUGUUGACAUGAUCAUCGUUAGCUGCAUUGUUCAGUUCUGAACGAGACACUUUUGUUAUGUUAACUUAUUUGAUGUAUCUGAAUUUCAUUUUUUUUUUUUUAUACUCCGAAAUUUGUAUUGUACUUUUGCCAAAGUGCCUUUUUGGAAGCAAAGCAUCACACCCGUUGUGGUUAAUAAUGUACAGAGUGCCUCUGGGAACAUAAAGGACUAUCUGAAGAGGCAAAAUAAUAUGGUCUUAUAAGCUUCUUCUGAAGGACUCCCUCCCUCCAUGAUAUGUGCCUUACAACGUGAAUGAAUUUAGCUGACCUUAAAUAAUAUCUGUACUGUUCUAAUUUAUCAAGACACACACAAACACACACACACACACACGAAGCAGUGUGUGACUAAAUUAAAUGAAACUAAACAGACAAUAACUGUGAAUAUAUAUAUAAAGUCCACUCCAGCCAAACACACUAACACCUAGCACUUGAGGGUUAGAAUGGAUAGGAUACCAGCAGAUCUAUUGUGCUGUCGUUAGUCACAACCACCAUCAUGUUUUCCACAGCUCGGCCUUGGGAGUUUUAUUUCUGAGAGGGGAUGGAUCCUUAUCAAGGUUUUUAAACUGGAAAGCGCAAGCAAAUGUUGACCUAGCACCAGCACACAGGCAUGCUCACGUGUACACACACGCAGGCUGACACACACGCAGGCAGACAAGCAGACAGACGUGUACACACGCACACGCACACACACACGGUCGGGAGGUUUAGUCGGCACAGUGCUAUAUCUGUUUAAUCAAAGAGGGCUGUGAACUAAAGGGAUGUUUUUCUGUCUGUUAUCAGUGUAGUAUUAUAUGAAGUACCGUGUUGCUCCCUUACAUGUUUUCGUUUAGAACAAGGUACGUCAACAGUGUAAAAAAAAGACUAGGAGGUCAAUUUAAUCCAACCCGGAUUGCAGUAUUUAUGCAGUGGUUAUUUUUCCAAUGGUCAAAUGAAUUCACAGACUGGUCUUGGGUUAUGUAUAAAAACCUACAACUACGACCAGGGUGCCCCCCCCCCCCCCCCCCCACCCCUCCCCUGGGAUGGAUAUUGUACAUAAAGACACUGAGUAAACAUUGCUAAGGCGGGUUUGAUUGAAUCCCGACCUAGCUCACCAUGCCAUUUAAUCCUACACUCUUUCCUGCUUAGCUGUUCUAAAUCACACUCAAUGUGCUGUUUACAAGAAGCCAGAGAGAGAGAGAGAGAGAGACUUGCUCAAAAAAUGACAAAUAAAUAGCCUUUUCAGUAUUAUCUCUUUGUCAGCCAGCAAAGCAAUUGUUCAAGUAUUUGUUAUUGUGAGUUUGUUUAUCGCAGUGGUUGUUCUGCUGUAUCAAAGUUUUACUUAACCGUAACGCAUUGUGUUCCUUUUUGUGACCGAAUGGAAAGAAUCCUCCUUAAAUACUUCUAAAGUAUGUUAUUUACAUUGUAGCAACCCAAUGCCAAGUACACAACUGAGAGAAAUCAAGUUGGACUGUUAUAGUAACUAGUCAGCCAUUUUCUGCCGACUCACUAAUUGUUUGUAUAUCUUCAAGGUACUGUUUAUGUGUCAAAAUCUACACUUAAAAAAAAAUAAUAAUCUCUGUGCUGUUUGGGCCCAUUGUUUGACAACCUAGACUGUGCUUGUGGUCAAGGGGUGAUUGAGAAGAGCUGAACAAAGCUACUUGUAGCCAUGACUCUUAUUCUUGAAUGUGCAAACUGUUAAAAGCUGCACUUUAAACUCUCUGUUCUCCAGUAGGAAGAAACAGAAGAAAAGUGGUAAUUGAGAAGUUAUGGGAUGGAUUUGAAGGAGGAAACAGGAGGAUUCAGAGGCACAAAACAGCCAUUGUUUUACCUGUACACCCUGUAGGGACACAGAAUCAGUCGGCAAACUAAAUGUACCCCGAGUCUUCGGUCCUGUACUGUACAUUUGUUUCUGUGCAGAAACUCGUGCUUUCAAACAGAUGCUGACAAACGGAAAGCAAUUCACUUUUGUCAUAUUUUAGAAAAAUCUAUAAAUUAUUAAGGAUUGUAAAAAAAUAAGUUGGUGAGAAUAGUCUGUUUUUUUUAUUGUUAAGUUAUGAGUUAAAACAUUUUGAUAGAGACUGGAUUGUUAUCCAAUGACCAAAUGCAUAAUAUCUCAUUGUAUUGUCUGAUUUUGCUUUUAUGUAAACAUUUAUUUUGUUAAUCUAUGGUUACUUCCACAAAACAAUGAAUAAACCUUGGUAGAAAUUGUA